AAUGGAGCGGACGGGAGGAGAAGCCCGUUAGUCAGAGAGGCUUCAGCGGGGGACAGACAGCAGGACCGGCCGUGUCCGCGUCCAUGUCCGCUCCAGCAGCCGCCGCCAGCCGCAGCCAUGUCGAGAGAAAACACCACCCGGAGUCUGGACAGCAUCGACCUGGCUGCUCUCAGGGAUCCAGCAGGCAUCUUUGAGCUGGUUGAAGUGGUUGGCAAUGGAACGUACGGUCAAGUCUACAAGGGUCGUCAUGUCAAGACGGGUCAACUGGCAGCUAUCAAGGUCAUGGAGGUCACAGAGGAGGAAGAAGAGGAGAUCAAGCUGGAGAUCAACAUGCUAAAAAGUUACUCUCACCACAGAAACAUCGCUACUUACUACGGAGCCUUCAUUAAGAAGGGUCCUGCGGGACAGGACCACCAGCUCUGGUUAGUGAUGGAGUACUGUGGCGCCGGCUCCGUGACCGACUUGGUGAAGAAGACCAAAGGAAACUGCUUGAAGGAGGACUGGAUCGCCUACAUCUGCAGAGAGGUGCUCAGGGGUCUUUCCCAUCUCCACUCCCAUCAUGUGAUCCACCGAGACAUCAAGGGACAGAACGUCUUGCUGACGGAGAACGCCGAAGUCAAGCUGGUGGACUUCGGGGUCUCGGCUCAGCUGGACAAGACGAUCGGCCGGAGGAACACCUUCAUCGGUACUCCGUACUGGAUGGCUCCGGAGGUCAUCGCCUGCGACGAGAACCCAGAGGCCACGUACGACUACAGGAGCGACCUCUGGUCUUUGGGCAUCACGGCUCUGGAGAUGGCCGAAGGAGCUCCUCCCCUGUGCGACAUGCACCCCAUGAGAGCGCUGUUCCUCAUCCCCCGAAACCCUCCGCCCAAACUCAAAUCCAGAAAGUGGUCGAAGCGCUUCCUGUCGUUCGUGGACAGCUGCCUGAUCAAGAACCACCUCCACCGGCCGACCACCGAGGCCCUGCUGCGGCACGCCUUCAUCCGGGACCUGGCCAACGAGAGGCAGGUCCGCAUCAUGCUCAAGGACCACCUGGACCGGACCCGGAAGAAGAGGGAGAAAGAGGGUCCAGAGUACGAGUACAGCGGCAGUGAGGAAGAGGAUGACGAGGUUGCGGAAGAGGAAGGAGAGCCCAGCUCCAUCGUCAACGUUCCCGGCGAGUGGACGCUGAGACGGGAGUUCCUCCGCCUGCAGACGGAGGGUCGCGGCGGGGGUAAGGACGGCGGUCAGGGAGGAGGCGGGGGGCAGCAGCAGCAGCGGCAGCAGCAGCGCCAGCAGCUGGCCGAGCAGGAGCGCUACAAGCAGCAGCUCCUGGCCGACCGGCACAAGAGGAUCCAGCAGCAGCAGGAGCAGCGGCAGAGGCUGGAGGACCAGCAGCGGCAGCAGCUGGCGGACCGUGCCUUUCAGUGGGCGGAGCUCCAGGAGAUCAUCUUGGGGGAGGAGUCUGAUCUCCUUGACAACAGGAUCCGGCUGGACGACAGGAGCAGGAGGUGUGACCGGAGACAGGAGCAGGCGGGCCGGCAGCACAGUGCUGAAGUGUCAGUGAGGCCUGUGGACUCGGCAGCAGAGCAGAACCCCCCUGUUGCUCCUCAUCCUCCGUCCUCGCUGAGCGAAGCCUACAGGAGUCCGUACGCCGAGCCUCAGCUCUUCUACGGCUCCAGAGGCCUGCUGGAGCCGAGCGCGGCCUGCUACGGUCAUCUGUCCGUCCCCGGAGUCCGGAGUCCCAGGAGCCGGCCUCCCCGUGUCCUAUUGGACUUGCCCACCAGGGGGCGCCGUGCCCGGCCAGUUUGGGCCCCACAGUCCUCACAGCCAGCUGAGUGGAAGCAGCUUCCGGAGCCUCAGCUGCUGUUAAACGCAGACGCCGUCGUCGACUCUCACGUCAGGAGUCUGGCUCCAGACGUGCCCAGAUCCAGCCGGGAGAGGAUCCACAGCUACCGAGACGCUCUGAAGCAGCAGAUCCAGGAGCAGCAGGAGCGGCGGCGCCGGGAGAGGGAGGAGAGGGAGCGCUACGAGGCCCAGCUGGAGGCCGACAUGAGGAAGUACCAGCCGUGGGGGCGGGGCGGAGGAGGGGCGCCGCUCAGAGACAGCACCGGGAACCUGAUCACCGACCUCAACCAGAUGCACAAGCUGAACGAGGAGGCCUACAGCAACCCGGAGCAGUGGCAGAGGAGCCGCCGCCCCGCCCCCCCGGCCCCCGGGCGGAGCCGACAGACCCCAACGACCGGGUCUCUGGUACUGCAGGCCCCUAAAGGCUGAGGGUUCAGUCCAGGACCGCCACGGUGACCGUUACCUUGUGCUUCAGGUUUCGCUCAUGUCCCGACGUCCCAGUUCGCCAGAGGGAAAGUGUUUUCCAGCCAGCCCAGCAAACAGCAGCUGCACGAGCGCAAUAUGUAUAAAGCUUACCUCAGUCAGCAAAUUGAGGAUAAGAUGCGAAAGAAGGCGGAGGAGAGGGAGCGGGAGAGGCUGGGAGGAGAAGAGGAGAGGAGGCUGGCGGAGCAGCGGCUCGCAUCCAGAGGGAGUUUGAGGAGAGCAAGAGAAGAGAGGAAGGACAUGGAGCAAAAGGCCAAGAACGAGGAGCUGAUGCAGCUGGCCGAGCAGAAGAAGAGGGAGGCGGAGCGCAAGAAGAAGGAGGCGGAGGAGAAGGAGAACGAAGCUCUGAGGAGGCAGUACGAGAAGGAGAGGCAGGCCCGGUGGAGGAGGUCAGAGGUCUGCCGGGAGCCGUCGCCCCCCAUCCCCACGCUGCAGAAGAGACAGCGGCAGCACCGCUACACCCCCAGGCCCCGACGGCGGACAGAUCGCUCCCUGUCCGGCCUGCAGUCCCCUCCCGUCCCCGCUCGCAGGAACCAGCUCCGAGCUGCAGGAUGGGCGCUGGCUCGCCUACGCCGACACCUGUACGACGAGCAGACGGUCCUGGAGGAGCGUCUGGAGCAGGAGGAGCCGGACUCUCCGCCCAGCUGCAGACGUGGCGAUCGUCCCGUGAUGGAUGUGUUUGAAAUGGCCCGCAGACGACUCCAGGUCCCGGUCCGGAGGCCCAGCGCCCGAACCCUGGAGCCUCACAGGCUGAUGCGGAUCCACGACUCGCUGCAGCUCAGGUUCUCAGGUAAGGCUCUGCCUGCCUCUGACGAAGAGUCCCGGCCAGAGGAAGAGGACGUGUCCCACAGGAAGAGGCGGGACUUGGGCGACCCGUUUCAGCAGGCGGGCAGCUGCAGGUCCACCGUCCAGGACGAUUAUUCUGACCUGUCUCCGCUGAGGCAACACGAUUAUCUGAGGACUGAGAUGGGAUCAGCUCGAGGGUCUCUGCUGGAGUCAGAGAGCGCCUUCAUCGAUCCUCUGGAGGCUUCGUCGCUGCCUCAAACCCCGAAGAGGAGAAGAGUCGCUUCCUGUCGGCCAGAGAGAGGAGGAGGUGACAGGCAGAGUCAGCAGGACCGAGCGUCUUCCAGCCGUCCCUCGCAGGAAGUGAAGCCCCUCAGCGAUUGGCCGAGCUGGAGCAGGGGGCGUCGCCUGGUGGCUCUGGGACAGCGCGGACACGUGGACGCUCCCUCGGGACCGCCGGGCCCGUCGGACGACGACUCCCCGCCUCCUCGCUUCUCCCUCCACCUGAACCGGCAGAGCUCCGGAGAAACGGACGACGCCGACAUCUGGACCCGGCCGGGGAGCUCCGACACCUUCAGGAGCUUCAAACAACCUUAAAGAGCCCGAUCCCCCCCGACUGAAUCCCCCGACUGACCCCCCACUGACCCCCCCGACUGAACGGUGCCUUAACUGCUUCGACUAACGCCCGAGGACAGAGCAUCACGGUGUCUGUGUGGAGAUGCGAUCAUGUCAAGCCUGGAGGGAUUUUCUCGCUUUGAGAUCCUCCAGUCUGAGAGACCAUAUUUAUUUCAAUGAUGAGAUUGUUUUUUAAAAAAUAAAUUCUA